GGAGGGGAUUGGAGCACCUGAAUCACAUGAUAUGGAGGGGAUUGGAACACCUGAAUCACAUGAUAUGGACGGGAUUGGAACACCAGAAUCACAUGAUAUGGAGGGGAUUGGAACACCAGAAUCACAUGAUAUGGAGGGGAUUGGAACACCUGAAUCACAAGAUAUGGAGGGGAUUGGAACACCUGAAUCAUAUGAUAUGGAGGGGAUUGGAACACCUGAAUUACAGGAUAUGGAGGGGAUUGGAACAGCUGAAUCACAUGAUUUGGAGGGGAUUGGAACACCUGAAUCACAUGAUUUGGAGGGGAUUGGAACGCCUGAAUCACAUGAUUGGGAGGGGAUUAGAACACCUGAAUCACAUGAUAUGGAGGGGAUUGGAACACCUGAAUCACAUGAUUGGGGGGGGAUUGGAACACCUGAAUCACAUGAUAUGGAGGGGAUUGGAACACCUGAAUCACAUGAUAUGGAGGGGAUUGGAACACCUGAAUCACAUGAUGUGGAGGGGAUUGGAACACCUGAAUCACAUGAUUGGGAGG